CUUUCAGUUUCCCAUCUGAGGUCGGAUAAUGAACAGUCCUCUUGCGAUCACUGCCCUAGUUUGGGGCAUCCUCUGCCUUACCUGCCCACCAUCAUCUGAAGCAGGAAGGGAAGAUUGGACACCAGGCCAGCGCCUGGUCUACGAGAACCUGGCACAACAGGAUUGCGGUGUCCUAUCGAAUCAAAUUCCCGAGCGAACGAUUCGUCUAAUGAUCACCGGCGGCAGAAAAUCGUCGCUAAUGUCUCAGCCUUGGAUGGCGUUUCUUCAUAUCGCAAGUGAUUUAGAAAUGUGCCGCUGUGGAGGCUCUCUUAUCUCAGAACUCUUUGUUUUAACCGCCGCGCACUGCUUCAAAAUAUGUCCCCGAUCUAAGGAGAUUAGAGUGUGGCUGGGAGAGCUCGACAUUAGUUCCACAAGUGACUGCACCACCUACGAUAAUCAACGUGUUUGUGCUCCACCCGUGGAGGAAUUUACCAUCGACAAGUGGAUUCUUCACGAGGAGUUUAACCUCUUUUAUCCCGGGUAUGAUAUUGCCCUGAUAAAACUAAACAGGAAAGUGGUGUUUAAAGAUCACAUACGACCCAUUUGCCUGCCCCUGACGGAUGAACUCUUGGAGUUUACCUUACAGAUGGGACAAACCUACAAGGCGGUGGGCUGGGGAAAAACGGAGAGUCUACGCUUCGCCAACAGUACAAUGGAGGUCUAUAUAAGCACCGAGAAGUGCACCGACGGCAGGGACACUUCGUUCCUCUGCGCCAAUGGAGAUUAUGUGGACACAUGCACUGGGGACUCCGGUGGACCGCUCUUAUGGACGACCAUGUUGUUCGGCAAGGCUCGAACCGUACAGUUUGGUGUGGUCAGCACUGGAAGUCAAGACUGCGGAGCUGGUCAAAAGGCCUACUACAUGGAUGUACCCACCUAUGUGCCCUGGAUACUUGCCAAGAUGGCAGAAUUCUCGGAUGUCUAGCUCCGUUAACUCAAGAUGCGAAUACAGCGUAAUUCACUGGUGUUGAUAGUUUUCGAUUCUUUUUGGUCACCCGAAGGUCAGACCUAGUAGCUUACGUUUUUGUGUUGUUAAGAUCGGUAGUCGCAACAAGAAAUAUCUAUAGCAAAAUACGAAAAUGUAAAAGUCACAUUAGGCACAGUUGUAUUGCAAGAAUUUUAAAACCAAUUACAAAAUAUGAGACAUGAGA